AUGAGUGAUAAUAUAAUCCGUGAAAUCAAACUGUUCAAGACUCAACUUGAUCAGCAUCUUAGUAAGAGGUUCAUUGAUCCCACUUUGUUACUUGGAUUAUCAACUGUGGUCGAAGGUAAGUUCGAAAACUGGAUAAUAGCUGAUUUCAAUGAAUAUUACACAUCUGUAGAAGUCAAUAAACCAUCGGAUUUCAAUACUAUCAAGUAUUUCGAAACUUUAUGGUCAAAUUUCCAUUAUCCUAUCAUCAAAUACUUUCAAAAAGUCCACCAAGCCAUUUAUAACGAUAUUUUAAAAGAAUUUAAUGAUCUGAAAGACAAUUUUAAGUUACAUCCGGUUGAGAUGAGAAAGAUAAAUGAUCCUUUUAUUAGGUUUAUCAACAAAACUUCAAGUUUUUAUAAGAAUUUACUUGAGUAUUUUUCAACCCAUUUUAAGAAUCCUUUGAUUCCCAAUAAGUUUUUAGCAUACUUUGACUUUAAAAUCCUGAAAAAUUCAAUCCCUACGUCAAACAGUAACCUCCAAGCAAAUAUCUUAUAUCUUAUCUAUAAGAAUUUACUUUGUUUGGGAGAUUGUUCAAGACAUAGAUCAUUUAUUGAAACCUCAUAUGUUCUACCUUCUUUAAACAAGAAAAACUUUCAUAAAUUCAGAUUAUUAAACAAUGAAAAGAAAUACACUACCUUCAAGUCAUAUUAUGAGUUGUCUUUCACAUACUACAAAUUUUGCAUAUUAUUACUACCAUCAUUGAACGAGCCUUAUAAUCAUAUUGGUAUGAUAAACAACUUAAUAGAGAAUAAGUUUGACUCGGUUUACUGGUUUUUGAGAUCGUGUUUUACUCGAUUACCUUCCAAUAAGUUGGGGAUUUCCAACUUGAAUAACUUAUUGAAUAAAAAUUGGUUCAAGACCAAUUUAUAUGAGAUCUUGGUACUGAAUAACAUCAAUGAUUUUACAAAAAACUUCCAUAAUCAACUUUUCAAGAAGUCCAACGACUUAAAUGUCAUGUUAACUUGUUUGAUAGGUUUCCAUUAUUCUUCAAACUAUAACUUGAAUAAUCAUUUCAUCAUGAAGAAACUUAAUUAUAAUAAAGUUGAAUUCAUAUUCUUGAAUUUGAACUUCAAUGAUGAUUUGUUCCUUCUGUUGAUGAAUCUUGAUGAAGGUGGGAACUUUUAUUUGAAACAAUUGAUUGUACUCAUCAGUUUCAAUAAAAUGAUCACCAAAGCCAAAUUCCAAAGACUUUUGAAAAAGUACUUUGAAUACUUUUUUCAAGCCAUUAUCAAGGUGUUGAAGAAGGAAAUCACUCCUAGUGAUUUAAAUAACAUUCUUGUUUGUUUGAGAUUAAGUUUGAAUUGGUUUAAGGAAGAUAAUUAUCAAUUAGAUCAAAAAUUGAUUGAAAGUCUCGUGGAGAUUUUGAACCUAUUAUUGAAGAGUUUGAAGGAAGAUGUUGACAAAGAUGUAUCAAAUGUAUCUGAAGAUCAAAUUCCGAAUAAUUCCAAGUAUUUACAAAUGAUUGAAACCCUUAAAGGUAUCAGUAGACCUGUCAGAAGUUAUUACUUCGCAGAUGAUGUAAUUUUGAAGGACUUUCUGAUCAUAAAAUAUCAAUUCAAAGACUUUAAGGAUAAUCAUUUGUUUGAAAGUAAUGACAUUAAUUUAUUGAACAACGAUUACUCUUCAUUGAUAGUCAACAAAUUCCCCAUCUUCUUGGACAACGAAUCUUUUCUCAAGAUGACGGAUUUCAACCAGGAAUUUAUUAAUGAGGAGAUCUUAAACAACGAAAACCAUUUGAGAUUACAAGCAUUGCUUAUAUUAGGUAAGAAACUUCUUUUGGAUUCUCCUUGUAAAAUAGAAUUCUCUAGUGAAUUUAAAGUCACACAACCAAUCAAGAGGAAGAGAAUCAAGAACAGAAGAAAGAUCAAGAAGAAACCACAAGAGAAGGUUGAAGACGUUAACACUCAAAUUUUAUCUAAUGAGGAAGAAAGCGAAGAUUCUGAUUCUGAUCUUGAUGACUUUGAAGAUGAAGACAUCGAUGAGAUUCAGAACUUCAUCCUCCACCAUUCAAAUAAGUUGAAGGAUGAGAUCAAGCAAACCAUUGCUUCAGAAGCAUCAUCGCCAAUUAUUCAACCAAGAGUUGUAAUGGGAGAUUCAUUCGGGGAUGAAGGUGUUGGGUUUGCUAAGGAAGUAAGCAGUGAGUUUAAAAAGGAGGGAUCUCUGUUUGCAAAAGAAGAUUCAGUUGUGUCACAGAUGUCCAACCCAUCCAUUAAUUUGAUGUCUGGUCAACCAUUUCAUCCCCAAGCACAGUUGCCUACACAAUCAUCAAUACAAAUGCAAAUUCCAGGACAAAUUCCAGGACAGAUUCAAGGACAAAUGCCAGGACAAAUGCCUACCCAAAUCCCUGGUCAACUCCCUGGUCAAAUGCCUACUCAAAUCCCUGCUCAAAUCCCUGCUCAACUUCCUUCCCAAAUACCUCAUUUACAACCUAAUCAAUUCCAUCCAUACCCCCAAUACCAACCCCCAAUGUAUCCAUAUUUAGCGGGCUCAACUCCGUAUUAUCAAUCACCUAUUCCGAGUCAACCUUAUGCAUAUCCGCCAUUCCCUGGCCAACCUAGCCCACAACCAAAUACUAUGCCCAAUCCACCACCAUCUUCAACUCAACCAGGGCAUAACUCUUACCCCCAAUUCUAUAGUCAAUAA